GCGAUUCUCAGCUUUGGCAGACAGACCAGGAGGAUGGCGACCGAGUUAUCGCAGCUGGAACGCAGCAUUGAAACCAUCAUCAACACCUUCCACCAUUACUCCGUGAGGCAGGAGCCCCCAGACUCCCUGAACCAGAAGGAGUUCAAACAGUUGGUGAAGAAGGAGCUGCUGAACUUCCUCAAGAAGGAGAAAAAAAAUGACAAAGUCAUAAACCACAUCAUGGAGGACCUGGACACAAACGAAGACAAGCAGCUGUCCUUUGAGGAGUUCAUUGUCCUGAUGGCGCGACUGACCGAGGCCUCCCAUGAGGAGAUGCAUAAGAAUGCCCCCGAUGAUCCAGGCCACCACCACGGGCCAGGCCUUGGUGGUUCCUGUGGCCCCAGACCAGGCUCCGGAGAGGGUGGCCACGGCCAUGGUCAUGGUCACGGCCACAGCCACUAAUGAGGAGGCCAGGCCACCCUGUGCCUGCCAGGCCAGAGCCCUGGGCUGGCAUGUCAAACUGCCUUGGCUAUGGAGCUGGGGCUGGGGCUGGGAAAAUAAAGUCCUCCUCCUUGCCA